AUGGAUCCCUUUGAUACAGCGUCUGACAGUUGGGGUGCCUCUCGCCCACAACCAUUGCCAUUAACGGGGAUGCAUGUUUCCGGCACCAAGGAAGGCGAAACUAGUAACAAAUGGAGGGGAUUUGACAAAAAGGAAGUCUUGAGACUGAUUCUCCAGACUUUAGACGAGAUGGGUUACAGGGAUAUCGUGGCUUCUCUGGAGAAGACCAGUGGAGUGGAGCUGCUCCCUCUUGACAUGCGUAAUCUACAACGACACGUACUGGAUGGCAACUGGGUCGAUGCCGGAAGGUCUCUCCUUAGUCUUCCAAUUGAGCAGUUGACGAGGCAGGGGUGCUGGUUUCUGCUUAUGCAGCACAAAUACCUUGAGCUGGUCAUAGAUCCUUACAGUUCCUUGGAAGCAAAGAUGCAGUGUUUGAGGCGGGAUCUCAGACCCUCAGCAUUCGACGCAGCGACAAUCGAGAGAGUCCAUGAGUGCGCAUCAUUACUUAUGUAUCAGGGCAGUGACCUCCUGGGUCACGUGCUGCAAAUAUCCAGCUUAAGCAGAAAUCAGCUCUUUAGUCGCCUUACCUGCCUUCUGCCGUCAGUUGUGGCUAUGCAACCAUCAAGGCUAGCGACGAUUCUGGCUCAUGCGCGGCGCUUUCAGAUUCUAUGUUGCCCGUUGCACGAUGAGUCUCAGUGUUCCGCAAAGGACACUAUUCUUGAACCCCACCGUUGUGAAAUCCCGCUUUUCCCAGAGUGCUGCGUGGGGCGUCUUCACGCGCACCGUAAGGCAGUAUGGACAAUUUCAGUAGCACCAAGGCAAGCAUCCACAAAUGAAGUACUGGUGGCAUCCGGAUCGUCAGACAGGUCGGUUUGUGUAUGGCAAGUGAGCACUGACACUUCCAUAUGGGAAAGCACCUUUUCCGGACAGUCGAGAGCCACGGACCACUUCGACCGGGGGCAGCUGGGUGCCAAAUGGCUCUCUACUUGGUUGAACGGAGACAACGACGUGCUCAUGCGCCUUGAGCAGACGCAUCCCCGUCCGUUGCUCGAAAAAGGCCAGAUAAUUGGCACUUGCCGAUUACUUUGGAGGCUUCAGCGUCUUGCGAGCCCUGCUGCUUUCUUGGAUUGGGACACUACUGGAACCCUCCUUGCGGCCGGAGGGGAAAGUGCAUUUAUCGAGGCAUGGGAAGAAGGUCGGCGCAUUGGCGAUUACUGUACCCAUGGUGGCUCUCUUGUCGCACUGCAGUGGGUACCAGGAUCCAAACGAUUGAUUUCUAUGGCAUCUGACAGGACCAUGACAUUGGUGCUACUUCAGGCUUCCACACUGGCAGUAACCCACUUGGUAGAAUACGAGUGGAUCCUACCUGCCAGACCUCAGGAAGGAUUCCUCCUUCCACAUAGAGAAAGCGUCAUGGUUUUCUUUGCUGACCGCCAGGCCAAAGUGUAUGAUUUGGUCACUAAAGAAGAGACUUUCUGGGUUCAUGGAAAAGAUCUGGUCGUUGCAGCAUGUCCUUCAAAAUUCUGUAACCAAAUUUUGAUAAGCACAGCAAAUACCCCUCCAGUGCUGCAGCUCUGGGACAUGGACGAGCGCAAAACAGUGCAGAAUUAUAGAGGCCACAAACUUGGCAGGCUAACGAUUCGUCCUGCCUUCGGUGGUCAUUCAGAGGAAUUUGUAAUAUCUGGUUCAGAGGAUGCUCAGAUCUACAUAUGGCACCGUGUAUGGGGCUGCAUGAUGCAGCAACUAAGAGGUCACGCAGCAGCAGUUAACCAAGUGGCCUGGGUACAUUCUUGCAACCCUGUGUGUCUACUAUCCGCUGGAGAUGACGGCGCAAUUCUUUUAUGGAGCUCAAUCACAGACUACAGUCACGGAGGUUCGGGAGGCUCGUAUGAAGAAACCAGUCCGGAUGGGGUGACUGUGUCGUCCUCAGGACGAGAAACACCGGACACACACGGACCACCCUACUCCUAA